ACUAGCUAAGGGCCGUUGACACAAAUCAUACUAUAUAUGCUUAUAUGGGGUUUUUUAGAGACAUAAUGGAAGAAGGGUAGUCACGUCCGCCAAGAAAGUCGCCAUAGAAGAGCCAUCACUUAUCGCCUUCGGUAGAACCAGGUUACGCCGUCGGCGAACUGUUCGCCCCGCGGUCGAAGACAUGAAGAGCGGUGGGGUCGUGUCGUCCUGGACGUCAAUCGCGUCAGGCGAGGUUGUCGGCGUCGUGCCAGCCGAGGAAGUGGAGGAAGAGGCGCCGAGCGGCGCCCCCACCGGGACCGGGGGCGCAAUUGGCGUGUUGGGUGGGUUCACAGGCAGCGAAGGCGAGAGAGGGUUCGCACCGACGGGGAGCGAGCCAAUCGGAGGAGACACUGGGAAACCGUUGGGAGGAGACACCGGGAGACCGCUGGGAGGAGACACCGGAAGACCACCAGGAGGAGACACCGGGAGACCACCAGGAGGAGACACCGGAAGGCCGCUGGGAGGAGAAACUGGGAGGCCGCUGGGAGGAGACACCGGGAGGCCGCUGGGGGCAGCGAACUCAGCAGGACCAGGAGGACUGUUCAGAGGCACGUCGGAGGGCGCCGAGAAUUCCGCGAAGGUAGAGACGGGCGACCAGGUCGAAGUGGCACUAGAUGAAUCCGGCGACGAAGAGCAGUCCGCCGAGGCCAUGUUUCCGCCACAGUUGUCGUCGCGCUUGCGGACUGGCACGUUCGCAGUGAUAUUCCCGGCUGCGCCUGUAGGAAGCGGAGGCACUGGGAGAGACGAAGCGAUGCCCGUAAUGUUGGAGGGCCCCGCGCUGAUGAUCGCCUGCGCGACGGCCUGCUGAACUUGGCUGACCUGGCCCGGGCUCAGAGCGAGGAGAGAGCUGGGACCGCCGCUGCCGCCGUCACCGAGACCAAGCGCGUUGAAGAUGGGCUCAAGCGCGGGGAGGAGCGG